UAUUGCAUAUCAGAUUCCUGAUAAAUAUGAAAUUGAAACUAAUUUAUCAGGAUUAUCUGUAAAAUACAAAACUGAAUAUCAGCCAACUGGUAAUAUUAGUUAUACGAUUAGUUGGGUAAAUCCUUAUGGCAAUAUAAUAUCAAGUAGUAGUAUGAUCUCAGCAAGUAAUGCUAGAAUUAAAUUUUUAACAAAUAUUUGUAACAAACCCAAUACACAUAUUUCUGAAGUAUUUUUAUUUGGUUUUGAUAUCGAACAUCUGCAUAAAGCAAUAAUAAAGGCACCUGUUAAUCCUAAAGACUUAAAUAUUCAAAUAGUAGAUCUUUUUCAUAAUCAUCGAUUUAUUGAUUCUUCAGGCACAACGAUUGUAGAUCUUGAAUCAAUAAAACUUAACAUUGCAAAUAAAGCUAUAACUCUUGAUUAUUUAACUAAAAAUAAAGACCAACAAAAACAUUAUACUUCUCUUGUUCGGGUAUGUGAUGAGGUAUUAAUUUCUCACGAUGGAUACCGGAAAUUAGUAGUCAUAGAUUCAAAUAUGGUUCUUUUAACCACUUCUGAUCCAAUUAUUCUCUAUCCCGGUGAUAAAAUUAAUAUAAAAAUUGGUAGUGAUGGUAGAAAUGUCGGUAGAAAGCAAAGUCAUGUCAUAUUAGCAAUUAGUAUACUAAAUGAAGAUGAAGCAGUAUUAAGUCCAAAACAUAUAUAUAG